UUGUUUAGAGUGGUCAGAAGACUCGGCAUUUUGUCAGCGUCUUCACCAAAUAGAACUAUGUCAUCAGCAUAUUCUAAGUCAACAAGUGAACCUCCCGGUAGAAGUUCAACCCCUGAAAAUUUAGACGAGGCAAGUGUUAUCUCUAAAAGUACGUCGAGGACAAAGUUGAACAAGAACUGCUUUAAGUAGGUUUCUUAAUUCUCAAGAACUAAAUCCAGUCAUACUAUUGUUUAAAAAUCUGUAAUAUUAUUACAGUGAAUGCAAAUAAGAACUGUAAUCGUUUUGAUCGUGCUUUUGAGUUUCGUUUUUUUGAAGGACUGGUACUUCAAAUCCUAGUUGAGUGUUUCAUUUAUUUAGAAUCCACUUAGUGAAUUUUUACCUUAAAGUUACUCAAUCAUGCUUAUCAGAUCUAUUUUGAUGUCAGAUAGUGAUUUCUUCAAAAUUCACAAGUAUCGCAGUAUGUGUUUUUGUUAUAAAUGGAAAUAUAUACUUUGAAAUUGUUUUUUAAGAAGAAUCAUGUUCUCUUGAAAGCAACUACCAACCAGAAAAAUGCUCUAUUCCAAUAGUUCAUCUUGAACCACAUGUUAGUCCUUGUUAUUCUACUUCUGUAACUCAAUCCCACUUCACCGAAGCCGAUAAUCCUAUGAGUGAAUUGAAUACUUAUGUCGGAGAGCAGACUACUGAAUUAGCUUCGAGUAUCAAGCAACGCUUAAUGACUCAAUCAUCUCAACCUCUUAAAAAGUUAAAUAGAAUAAAAAAAUAUAUAACAAGUCACCAAGUAACCUAUCCUCAAUUGACACCGGUUAGCCGAAAUGUUUUAACUCGCAUUUCUGAAAUAUCUAACCAAACAAAUAUCAAUAAAUCCAAAAUAAAUGCAGUUUGUUACAAUAAGAGAAAUGUGAAGACUUCGUCCCCUGCUUGCAAUAUGAUGGUCGUGCCCAUAUCUAAAUCAGAUUUGUAUUUGGUAGGACGUCUUGUGAACGGUGAGACAUAUUCUAAGUCUGUAUUUUCAUCAGAUUCUACGGACAAUCUCCAUUGCGACUCACCCGCUUCGGAUCUUUACGUUUCCUCUAAUAAUAUGAAACAUUGUCCAAACUCAAUGUUGUGUAUGUACAGAUCUCCCAGUAAAUGCUCAAAAAACUCACAAUCUUUCAUGCAUUCUUUUCAAAAGGAUGGUAAAUUCCCAAAACCUGAAAAUUCUACCGCUGAAACGUGCGCGACUCUUAUUGAUCGUAAUAAAGUGGCUGAAUGUGAAACUGAUGGUAUUUGUUCUUCGGAUUCGGUUAAAAUUAUUACAUUCAAUCCCUCACCAAUCUUGUCAACUUCAAAAAUUACUCAUUUAUCAUCGUCAUCACCAAGUCCAACCAACGAUACGAAAGCAGCUGAGACCAUACCUACUAUUAGUCAGACAUUGAAAUACUCACAUUUAUCUAACCGUGCUUAUCCUUUUGGCAAAGAUUGUCGUUUUGUUUUUUACAAUUCUGAUAGUGAUGAAGAAGAUGCUUACAGUUUAUCUACACCUUGCCAAACUAUCACUUCACUUAUCAAGGCUCGUCAAGCGCAUAAAGAUAUGUGGACAAAGCGAGCUGAUCGCAUCAAUCGCUUUUUAGCCUGUAGACCUUGUCGUGAAGACCUGAUAUCUAAAAAUAUAAUUCCCAGUACCACUUUAGAAGCACGUACUGAACUGCGGAUUGAUAUUGAAGCGUCACUUGAGCGUCGACUUAAUCAACGUCCUACAACUGAUGAAUUGAAACAAAAAAACAUCCUUCAUGUGGACACCGAAGAGGUGCGUAAUAAGAUUAAAGAAGAACGAAAGCAAAUUUUAACUCGCAAGCUAUCAUUUCGACCAACUGUUGAAGAGCUGCGUCGACGUAAAAUUAUUCGUUUUAAUGAUUAUGUUGAAGUUAGUGAAGCAGAUGCCUAUGAUCGUCGAGCUGAUAAACCAUGGACUCGUCUAACUCUACGUGAUAAAGCUGAUAUUAGAAAAGAAUUAAACGAAUUCAAAGCAACUGAAAUGGAUGUUCAUGCUGAUAGUCGACAUCACACUCGAUAUCACAAACCAUAGAUGCCUAUCUUCCGCAUCGUGCAAAAUAAUUCAGCGACUGCCGCUCACUUCGUUAUAGAAACUGUACGUUUGUAGUUAUUUUUUGAAGCUAAAUCUAGUUUAUUUCUAAAAAUAACCUGACACAUUCGGAGACCAAACAAUUGUACAUAGUGUAAUGACCUGUCAAAAAUGAAAUUUUAUAUUGACUUUCCAAAUUUUAUGGCUCACUUUAUUAUUGAUUAUUGUAUAGUUUAACUCUUUCAUUUCACUGUGAUUAUAAUAAUAGGUUACAAAUACAAAAACUAACUUGACCAA